UCCAAUCGGAAUCGUUCCUCGAUAAGCCCAGACAAAUCACGCCUCUAUCGAUUUAUUACAAGAAAGGAAAACGAACGAGCGUGUUAUCGAGUGCAACAUUUGCGAUUUGCCCUGCUGCGCGCGUGCACUUUUUAUUAAUCUCCCGUAUAAAUCAGAUAUCGCAGCGCUUUUCUCUCGUGUGCAUUUCCAACGCGCUUCGCUAACACACAAAAAAGAAGUCAAAAGCAAGAAAGCAAAAGCCUAAAACGUCGAGAGUGAAAAACGAAUAGAAAAUUUGAGCUAAAAGCAAAGCGAAGCUAAGAGCCCAAGGAAUAACAAGCUAGCGAGAGAGGGGAAUUCCAGUAACAAAAACUAACAAAGACCAAGGAGCAAACAACACCAGGUGGUGGAACAGAAGCUGGCGCAUCUGGGGCAGUGACACGUGAUCUCAGGUGGGAAGAGCCAGCCAGCCAGCUAACAGCUAAACCGAAGUCAGCAGAGUUGAGGACGCAGGCGGGGCAGUCGGAGGAACGGGCAACCAUGUCUUCGCCGGCGGCGCAGAGCAACAGCAGCAGCAGCCAGUCGCAGUCCGCAGCCCAGCAGCAGCAGCAGCAGCAGAAUCAAAAGGCUAAUGUCAAUAACACACACGACAACAAGAAUGCUACGGCGACGACGGGGACAGCGGCCGGUGGAGCUGGUGCAGCUGGGGCGGUGGGCACACAACAGCAGGGCCAGGGCGGUACCUCAGGAACUGGUACCUCGAGCGGACCAUCGAGCCCCACAAAGCGCAGCACAAUAUCGACAAAGGAGCGUGUGAUCGACAGUGUGCCAUUUCCACCAAGUCGCAAACUCACCUGCGCAGAUGUAUUUGAUGCGCGGACCGGAAAGCCGCAGCACGAUAUCCUCAAGCAGCACUUCAUCCUGGAGGGUAGGAUCGAGGAGAGCGCCGCCCUGCGCAUCAUACAGGAGGGUGCCACGCUAUUGCGCACGGAAAAGACGAUGAUUGACAUUGAGGCGCCGGUGACGGUGUGCGGUGAUAUCCAUGGCCAGUUCUACGACCUGAUGAAGCUAUUCGAAAUCGGCGGCUCGCCGGCGACCACCAAGUAUCUGUUCCUUGGCGACUACGUCGAUCGGGGCUACUUCAGCAUCGAGUGUGUCCUGUAUUUGUGGUCACUGAAGAUCACCUAUCCGCAGACGCUGUUCCUGCUGCGCGGCAACCACGAGUGCCGGCAUCUGACCGAGUACUUCACCUUCAAGCAGGAGUGCAAGAUUAAGUACUCGGAACGUGUGUACGACGCCUGCAUGGACGCAUUUGACUGCCUGCCGCUGGCGGCACUUAUGAACCAGCAGUUCCUCUGCGUGCACGGCGGACUGUCGCCCGAGAUACAUGAACUGGAGGACAUCCGGCGGCUCGAUCGUUUUAAGGAGCCGCCUGCCUUUGGCCCUAUGUGUGACCUGCUGUGGUCCGAUCCGCUGGAGGACUUUGGCAAUGAGAAGAACUCUGACUUCUAUACGCACAACUCCGUGCGCGGCUGCUCGUACUUCUACAGCUAUGCCGCCUGCUGCGACUUCCUGCAGAACAACAACCUGCUGUCGAUCAUCCGGGCGCACGAGGCGCAGGACGCCGGCUACCGUAUGUACCGCAAGAGCCAGACUACCGGUUUCCCAUCGCUGAUCACCAUCUUCUCGGCGCCCAACUAUCUUGACGUGUACAACAACAAGGCAGCGGUGCUGAAAUACGAGAACAACGUGAUGAACAUCCGGCAGUUCAACUGCUCGCCGCAUCCGUACUGGCUGCCAAACUUCAUGGACGUGUUCACCUGGUCGCUGCCCUUCGUUGGCGAGAAGGUCACCGAGAUGCUGGUCAACGUGCUGAACAUCUGCUCCGAUGAUGAGCUCAUGACCGAGGAAAGCGAGGAGCCACUCUCGGACGACGAGGCGGCGUUGCGCAAGGAGGUGAUCCGCAAUAAGAUCCGUGCCAUCGGCAAGAUGGCGCGUGUCUUCUCUGUGCUGCGCGAGGAGUCCGAGUCGGUGCUGCAGCUGAAGGGCCUGACGCCCACGGGCGCCCUGCCCCUCGGCGCCCUAUCCGGCGGCAAGCAGUCGCUCAAGAAUGCCAUGCAGGGCUUCUCGCCCAACCACAAGAUUACCUCGUUCGCGGAGGCCAAGGGCCUGGAUGCCGUCAACGAACGUAUGCCGCCGCGCCGAGACGCAACGCCAUCGCCGGCGGAGGAGGGCCAGAAAUCACUGUCAGCCGCGGCAGCAGCAGCGGCCAAUGCAAAUGCGAAUUCAAUCAAUGGAUAAUUCUAAGUCAGUUAGCACCAAGCUACAGCUACAGCUAAAUAACAGUCAAGUUAGUCAGUCGGAUCGAUGGAUCGAUGGGUCAAUGGAUCCAGGGGAUCGGAGGAUCAAAGGAUUGGAGGAGAAGGAGCAGCAAAGUCAGUUAGUAGUCGACAGUUAAGCAGCGAACGGUGGGAGGGAGUCAGCAAAACAGUUCGGAACAUAAGAAUAGUCUCAAGUUUGGCUCAAAAGGAGGAGAUUGAUAACUGGGCAUUACAGAUAUACAAAACACACAGCUAAAUGAAAGAUCAUAAUAUAUAUAGAAGGCGGAAUUGGUCAAGGAUAGUAAGGAUCAAAGAGCAGAGACACCACAACAACAACAACAAAAACCACACACACACAUAUAUACACACACAGCAAGUGUUAACGAGUACUUAUUGGUAUUAAAUGCAAAAGGAAAAACCAAAAACAAUUGACAGUAACAAUGCGAAAAACAAGAACAUCCCUCGUAAAUGGAAGAUAAUUAUAAAAGUUGAAAGAUUAUAGAAUUAUAUAUAUAAACAAAUAUAUAUAUAUAUAUAUAUCAAAAUUUUGUGCAACGUUAUAUCAAAAGAGCAAAUGUAAAAGCUAAGCAAAAGUUGAAAGAAGUCCAGCUUUUGGCAAGCAGUUGACAAGAAGAAGCAGUAGAGUUGCAGAUGCAGUUGCAAGUUGCGCGCAUUCCCCCAAUUCAAAAAAAAAAUUAUAUAUAUAUAUAUAUACAUAUAUAUAUAUAUAUAUGUAUGACAAAAUGGAAAACCAAACUUAAACUUAAUACAAGCAAAUUAGAUAAUUUCAAUUAUUUGCUAACAAAUUGUAAAACGAAUCGAAAACCAACUCUCAUCUCUGUAAAGUCAAACCAAAAAACAAAACAAAUUGAGUGACAAAUGCGAAAGAGAACUAAUUCUAGCAUCUAAAAAACUGAAACUUUCGAAACUACUUUCGUUGUGUGGCGUCUGCGGCGACUUCUUCUCAAAAACUAAAAACUAAAAACUAAAGAAAAAGGCAAACAAAAAAACCAAACAAAGCAAAGAAUAAAUUUAAAUAAUUAAAUGAAAAGAAACAACUUCCUA